AUGUCACGUUACGAUCGUGAUGAAUUUAUUACAGUCGUUCUUGAUAAUGUUGUGGAAGGUUUCGUAGAUCAAUACGUGAAAGAGACAAAUGAAACCACUACCAACUAUGGAUUUACCUAUGAUUAUGGUAGCAUUAUGCAUUACGGAGCAGCCAGCGCCUCUCACAACAAGAAACCCACAAUGGUAGCCAAUGAUACAAGGUACCAGGAGUCGAUGGGCUCGCAGAUCAUUUCAUUCAUUGAUAAGUCUAUGAUAAACGAUCACUACAAUUGCAAAGCAAAGUGCCCAAAUGCGACCUCAGCGAAGUGUGUAAUGGAGGAUUCCCUCAUCCACGAAACUGCUCUGAAUGUAUUUGUCCAAGCGGCUAUGGUGGCACUCUUUGCGACAAGCGACCGCCUGGAUGCGGAGAUACAUUGA